AUGCCAAGCGCUGUCGUCGCUGCGGGCAAUGCGGUGCUGCAGACUGGCACUUCGCAGGCGAAGCUCCAGGCGGCGCUGGAGCCGUUCUGGGAGGAUCUCAAAAACCCCAGGGCUGGCAGCGCGCUAUUGAAGCACCUGGCGCGCAGGAAGAAGCUCCGGUACGUUUUGUCGCUGCUGAAGCUGCUGCAAGAAGACCCGGACUGCGAGGUGAACGGGUUUCACUUUACCAUCGCGAUCAGUGCGUGUGGCAAAGCGAGGAAAUGGCGCCAGGCGCUGGCGCUGUUCAGGGGCAUGGAGACCCAAGCCGUGCAGGCCAACACGGUGACCUACGGCGCAUGCAUCAGUGCGCUCAAGGCCGACCAAUGGCUGCUCUGCCUCGAGAUGUUGGAGGAGAUGCCUCAACGAGGAGUGCCGCGGAGCCCGAUCGCGAUGAGCGCCGGCAUUAGCGCGCUGGGCGAGAGGUGGGAGCUGUCGCUGCAGCUCCUCGGCUCCAUGCGCGAAGAGCAGAUCUCCCCAGACACCGUGGCCUGCAACGCCUGCAUCAGCGCCUGUGCUUCCUCGGCCCAGUGGCCCAUGGCGUUGCACCUGCUGCAUGCAAUGCCUGCCGCAGAGCUGGCGCCUGACAUCAUCUCCUUCAGCGCCGCCAUUGGUUCCUGCGAGGAAGGGCAGCAGUGGGAGAAAUCCUUGGCCCUCUUUCAUGACAUUCAAUCCAGGGGAAUGCGCUUGGACGAUUUUAGCUACAACGCCUUGAUCGGGUCCUUCUCCAGAGCAGGAGAAUGGCAAUACGCCCUACACUUCCUGUCACUCAAAGCUGCAAGCAAGUAUCAGCUGGAUGUCCACGCGUGCAGUGCCUGCGUGAGUGUGUGCGAGCGCGCGGGGCAGUGGGAGCACGUGCUGAGCCUCUGGCCGAAACUGCAGAUGGUCCAGCAGAGGGCCAACCUGCAGCAGCGGAGGCUCUACAGCUUGAGCAGCGAUGGGCCGGAAGAGGUGACUGAGCGCCUCAUGCGGGCCUUGGAGUUUCAAUGGGCCAGCGGCUAUCCUUUCCUACCAGCAGGCGAAGAUCAGCUGACCCAUGGCUUCUUCAAGUACAUCGCCGGUAUGCAGGCCCUCUGCGCUCGUGAGCUGCUGCAGCUGGUGCCGGACGCGCGCCAGGUGCUGGAUAUGUUCUGCGGCUCUGGCACCGUUCUGGUGGAGUCGCUGGUGGCCGGAAAGCGAGCGCUGGGCUGCGACGUCUCCCCCUUGGCCUUGCUGCUUGCGACGCACCACACGGAUGCGCGCGACAUUGAUUUGCAGGAGUUCCUAGGAGUGUCCGAGCGGUUGGCCGAGGAGUCUGGGGAUUGGCAGGCGCUGAAGAGCCAGAUCGCGGUGGUGUCGGAGGUUGGCCUCAGAGACGCGCUGCAGUUCGUGCUCCUGGUGUCGCUCUCCCGUGCCAGCGACGAAACUUACCUCCACUCGUCCUCCAAAGCGCCUGCGGAUGAGGAGAGCUUCUCGCCCUAUCUCUUCCUUGGAGUUGCGCGGCUCUAUGCGUCCAGAGUAGGCGCCUUGCGCCACGCCAUUGGCGGCGAGGCCGGGGAGCGCAUGGGUUGCGAUCUCUUCCGCUGCGACAACCGGCUGCUGCGUUUGGAGUCCCCGGUGGAUGCCAUCAUCACGGGGCCGCCGUACCCAGGGGUCUACGACUACCACGCGGUAGCGCAAGAAUGCGCUGAGCAGCUCGGAGACGAGACGCUCUUCAACUUCUGCGCUCCCGGCUUCAGCAUCCACGGCGCCGCCGCGCCGACAGCGGAGAGCUCGGCGGAAGCGGAGAAGGGCGAGAGCUCGGCGGAGUAUGCGCCGGGGAGAGAGAUCGGGCAGAACAGUCUCUGGCUGGAGGAUCCCAACUGGGCACAGCAAUGGCAGGCGCAGCAGGAAGCCUGGCUGGACUCCGCCUUUGCAAAUCUCCGACCUGGGGGCACUGCAACGCUCAUGAUCGGUGACGGGGACGCCUCUGCACUGGGGGACGGCGGCUUCGACUGCCUGCAGUCCACCCUCCAGGCGGCCGCUGCGGCUGGCUUCGAGACGGUGGCGACGGCAACGAUCCGGGCGAGGAGCAGGCAUCCCAAGCAGCCGAAGGGCAUGAAGCGUACGGAGCACAUGGGGCCCUGCGCUCGUCGCGUGCUCGUUGGCGUGCCAUGGGCCGGAGUGAAGCGGCGCAUGGAGCAGCUGGUAAAGUCCUCGAAAGACGCCUCUAACGUAGGCACGAGAAGGAUUGGCAAGAUGAGAACGCCGCCGGUCCAAAUACAGGAGGAGUUCAGGAGUAUCACCGCCCUGAGCCGCUUUCACCGCGGUUUGUGCAAAGUGCAGCUCUGA